AUGGCAGCUUCCCAUCAGAACAACACUGAAGAGGGGAACAGGCGGUCGCAUCUGGCUGCUCCGCAGCCUUCCUUUGACUCUGAGUCGACCUCCACUGUGGCAGACCAGGAUCAAACUGGAAAUCCCAACUACAUCGCGGUCAGCGAAACGCGAAUGAGCGCCGAAAUUCAUGAAUUGGCUAGAAAAUUGACGACUCGGUCGGAGAGCAGUCCUGGCUACCUAUCUCCCUCGGCUGCUGGAGGAGCUCUCGAUCCUAAAAGCGACAAAUUCAACGCCAGGAAAUGGGCCAUGGCGUUCUACAACUCCCGAAAAGCGGCGUCCGGCACAACUCCUCGAACAGCGGGCAUAGCAUUCAAAGGCCUCAAUGUAUACGGCUAUGGAACUGACACCGACUUCCAAAAGACAAUCGGCAAUAUUUUCAUUGAAGGUCCGGCGACGCUACAAAGAUUUCUUGGCCGCGACAGGAAGCGCAUCAACAUCCUGCAAGACUUGGAGGGCGUCGUAAAUAACGGGGAGAUGCUCUGCGUACUUGGGCCUCCAGGCUCGGGAUGCUCUACCCUUUUGAAGACUAUUGCGGGCGACACAUAUGGCUUCCAUGUCGACAAGAAGUCGACCAUUAAUUACCAAGGCAUUCGACCCGAGCAAAUCAGGAAUGAGUACCGUGGUGAGGCUAUCUACACGGCAGAGGUUGACAACCAUUUUGCUCAUCUUACCGCCGGCGACACUCUCUAUUUCGCAGCUCGAUCGCGUAGCCCCAAGCACAUCCCUGAGGGAGUGUCGAAGGCAGAAUAUGCCGAGCAUCUGCGAGAUGUCAUCAUGGCCAUGUUUGGCAUUUCCCAUACGAUGAAUACGCGCGUGGGAGAUGAUUUCGUCCGCGGCGUCAGCGGUGGCGAAAGGAAACGCAUCACCAUUGCAGAGGCAGCUCUCGGCUUUUCACCUCUGCAGUGCUGGGAUAACAGCACCAGAGGCCUUGAUAGUGCCAACGCCGUCGAGUUCUGUCGCACGCUGCGGACACAGGCGGAUAUUACGAGAUGCUCGUCAUGCGUCGCUAUCUACCAGGCCCCACAGGCAGCCUAUGAUCUUUUUGACAAGGUCAUCGUGUUAUAUGAGGGCCGUCAGAUCUUCUUUGGUAGAGCUGGCGAGGCCAAAGCGUACUUUGAGAAUCUGGGCUUUGUCUGUCCCGAGCAACAAACAACCGCUGAUUUUCUCACGUCCAUGACGAACCAUAACGAGCGAAUCGUCAGGCCGGGUUGGGAAGGCAGGACACCUCGUGCAGCCGACGAAUUCGCCAAAGCAUGGAAGGCUAGCUCUGCACGCGCCUCUCUCUUGAACGAAAUCGACAUUUACAUCGAGCAACAUCCGUUUGACGGUGUACAUCAUUCCCAAUUUUCUGAGUCGCGUCGACUAGACCAGUCCAAGCACCAACGAGAGCACUCUCCAUUUAAUCUCUCUUUUAUGGAACAGGUGAAUCUCAAUCUCUGGCGCAGUUGGGUCAUGCUCAAAAGCGAUCCGUCCAUCACCCUUACCAUGUUCGUUGCCAGUAUUUUCGAGGGCCUCAUCGUUAGCAGCAUCUUCUACAACCUGCCGAGUAGCACGAGCAGCUUCUUCCGUCGGUCCAUUCUUCUCUUCUUCAUAAUCCUUAUCAACGCCUUCAGCAGCAUCCUCGAAAUCAUGACCCUCUAUGCCAAGCGAAAGGUUGUUGAGAAACAGGCUCGUUACGCCUUUUACCAUCCCAGCGCAGAAGCUCUGGCUGCCAUGGUUGUCGACCUUCCUUACAAAAUUGUCAACGGAAUCUUGCUCAACACUCUCCUCUAUUUUAUGUGCAACUUACGUCGAGAGCCGGGUGCCUUCUUCUUCUUCCUCUUAUUUUCGCUUACCAUCACCCUAUGCAUGUCAAUGAUGUUCAGGCUGAUUGGCUCCGUCACCAAGACCAUCGCUCAGGCACUAGCCCCGGCUUCCAUUGUCCUGCUGGGUCUUGUGUUAUACACCGGUUUCACAAUCCCCGUUGCAUACUUGCAAGUCUGGCUUGGGUGGUUGCGGUGGAUCAACCCUAUUCAUUUUGGCUUGGAAAGUGUUUUCCUCAACGAGUUUUUUGGUCGCAAAUUUCCUUGCUCGGGUUUUGUCCCUGCUGGCUCCGGAUAUGAAAAUGUCGGAAAAUUGGAAAGAGUAUGUUCUACUGUCGGGUCCGUUCCAGGCGAGAACUUUGUCUACGGAGAAGCCUAUCUGGAAGCUUCAUACGGCUUUGUUAACUCGCACCGAUGGAGAAACUUUGGAGUUCUCAUCGCCUAUCUGCUUCUGUUCUUGGGCCUUCACUUAUUCGCAACCGAGUACGUGGCUUCAGAGCGCUCCAAAGGUGAGGUGCUGGUCUUUACGAGACCGUCUUUGAAAAAGAAUGGUGCCAAAAAGGCCGCGGACAUUGAGGCUGGUGUCGCAGAAACGAACCGCCAGACGGGAGCAAAUGAUACCGCGAAUGUCGCCGAUAUGGAGAAACAAACUUCGAUAUUUCACUGGAAGGAUGUGUGCUACGAUGUCAAAAUCAAGACGGAGACGAGAAGAAUACUUGACCAUGUGGAUGGUUGGGUCAAGCCAGGCACCUUGACCGCUCUAAUGGGUGUCUCUGGAGCCGGAAAGACGACUCUCUUGGACGUUCUUGCGAGCCGCAUAACCAUGGGUGUCAUCAGCGGUGAGAUGCUUAUCGAUGGGCGUCAUUGCGACUCGUCAUUCCAACGAAAAACUGGUUAUGUUCAGCAGCAAGAUCUCCACCUCCAUACCGCCACAGUCCGAGAGGCACUAACCUUUAGCGCCUUACUGCGUCAGCCAGCCAAGUAUAGCAAAGAGGAGAAGCUCGCGUAUGUUAAUACGGUCAUUGGUUUAUUGAACAUGGAAGAAUACUCGGAAGCAGUUAUCGGAAUCCCUGGCGAGGGCCUGAACGUGGAGCAACGCAAGAGACUGACGAUUGGAGUUGAGCUUGUGGCCCGGCCACAGCUGCUGCUAUUUUUGGAUGAGCCGACGUCUGGACUUGAUAGCCAGACAUCGUGGUCCAUUUGUGACUUGAUGGAAAAGUUGACCAGAAAUGGACAAGCGAUUCUUUGCACUAUCCACCAGCCAUCGGCGAUGCUCUUCCAGAGAUUUGAUCGACUCCUGCUACUUGCAAGAGGCGGCAAAACCGUCUAUUUCGGCGAGGUCGGGCAACACUCGAGUGUCUUGAUGGAUUACUUCGUUCGCAACGGUGGUCCCGCCCUGCCGCCAGGUGCAAACCCGGCCGAGCAUAUGCUCGAAGUUAUUGGAGCAGCACCUGGUGCCCACACUGACAUCGACUGGCCUGCCGUUUGGCGACGAUCUCCCGAAUACCGUGAAGUGCACGCAGAACUUGAGAGACUGUGUGGAACUGGCUCAAAGGAAGCACCCUGCGAAGGGACAGAUUCUUCUCAAUACGAGGAAUUCGCAGCCCCGAUGCCGGUUCAGGUCAAGCAAGUCACGAAACGAGUUUUUCAACAAUACUGGAGAAGUCCUAGUUAUUUGAUUUCCAAAUUUAUUUUGUCCGCAGGUGCUGCCUUGUUUAUCGGGCUCUCUGUCAUCAAUAGCGAUAAUACCGCCCGUGGUCUCCAGAACCAGAUGUUUGGUGUUUUCUUGUUCUUAACCAUUUUCGGCCAGGUGGUCGAACAAAUCAUGCCUAUUUUUUGUCAACAGCGAACGCUUUACGAAGCUCGCGAGCGUCCUUCAAAGUCAUACUCAUGGCAAUCUUUCAUGUUCGCCAACCUUGUGGUUGAACUCGCCUGGAAUUCUUUAAUGUCUGUAUUCUGCUUCAUCUGUUGGUAUUUCCCCAUUGGCCUGUACCGGAAUGCGGAAUGGACAGGUCAAGUCCACGAGCGGGGCAUCACCACCUUCCUACACGUCUGGGUGUUUUUCCUCUUUACGAGCACCUUUGCGCAUAUGAUGAUUGCUGGCCUGCCAAACCCUGAUAUUGCAAGCGCUGUGACCAACUUAUUGUUCAUCAUGAUGUUCAUCUUUUGUGGAGUUCUCGCCGGUCCGAAGGAGCUACCAGGCUUCUGGAUCUUUAUGUACCGUAUCAACCCAUUCACGUACGUUGUUGAAGGCUUCAUGGGCACGACGCUUGCCAACGCCCCCAUGAGCUGCGACAAGACCGAGAUUGUCGAGUUCAACGCACCCAACGGAACGACGUGCGAUGACUAUCUAGCUGCUUACAUCAAGAUAAACGGCGGGUAUUUGGUCGACGGCGAUGAGGGAAGCUCGAGUUGCCAUUAUUGUUCAAUGGACGACACAAAUAUGUUUUUGAAGGGCAUCAAUGUCGACUUUGGAAAUCGGUGGCGCGACUUCGGGUUUCUCUGGGCCUAUGUUGUCUUCAACUGUGCCGCCGCGGUUUUCUUCUACUGGUUGGCUCGUGUACCUAAGAACAACAAGGUGAAGAAGGAGUAG